AUGGCCAAGCCCAAAAAGAAAAAGGGUUCCUCCUUUCACUGCCUUGAGCCACAGCCCCCUCGGCUGGGAUGGGGCAUGAUCUUCCUCCACCCAGGACACACGGACAAGGCUGUGUGUGCCUCAGUCUCCGGAGUACCACCAGUCUUCCACUUCAGCCCACGGCACUGCGAGCGACUCAAAACCCAGUAUUUGAAAAAGGCAGCGGCCAACCUUUCCUUCUCUCAAGAUGUGGUGUGGCAGCGGGGACUGGCCAGCAUGCCUUUCAGUCGGUAUGAUUUUAAGCACAUCUACAACACAGAAGACAUCCUGCCACCUCCGCAGACCAGGACGACCGACACUAAGAAACCUGAGUGCACUGGGGCUCUGUGUACUUUAACCUUGCCAGAAACCAUCACUCACUUUACAAAGACACAUACCUCAACCUUCUCCUCGGAAGACUUCACUUACUUGGCAAAGUGUUCUAAGGGUUCUAAAAAGCCGGAGAAACCAAAGCCCCGAGGCCCAGAGCAGAAAGCAUUUCCUGGACAAAGCCGCCAUCACAACUUAAAGCCAGAAAUCCUGGAGCUGUCAGCCUCUCCAGAUGAGAGUCUGGAAGAAAGGGAAACCUGGCUUCCACCUGGGGAGAAGGAGGCGCGAGGCUGGGAAGCCAUUGUUCUGGAGAAGCUGGACAAGCGCACCGCGCGAUGGAUCCAGAGCAAGCGGCCAGCGAGGCCCGGACAGUCACCCAACAAGUGGCAGUCCUUUCUCCGCCAGCAGUACGACUGGAGCCACAUUCGGGAUGAGCUCACUUCAUCCAGUGACUUGGAGCUCCUCAAAAUGCUGGAGGCAGAAGAGACAGCCGAGUUUAUGGGGGAAAGUGCCCCGGAGCCACCAAAGGAAAUAAAGAAGCCAGAGCUGCUGCUUCCGGUUUACUUCAGGUUACCUGGUUACUCCCCACAAGUACACACAGCUGAAGUCAUGGCGGGCAACAACUUGACAGCCGAGGGUAUCCGAGCAGAGAGAAGCAACCUGCAGAGUAAGACUAAGAGCCCCUUCCGGCAGGUGAACCGCAAAGCCGGAGAGUACGCUUACGCUACAGACAACACCUUUGAGCAGGAGAUGUACUUUGACGGAGUGAAGAUUGUUCACCAGAUUGGUGGGAGGAAAGACCAGAUUGUCCUGGAAAACCACAAUCGGUAUGACAAGCACCUAACCAAGGUCUUCCCGGAAACCCCAGAGAAGUGGAGCUUCCAGCCUAUUCCUGAAAUGCCUUACAAGCUCAGGAAAGGAGUCCAGCGUUGGACUGCAUUGCCAACCGAGGCCAAUCCGCUGCAGGAGGUAGGUAAGGAGGCUAAGUCUGCCGAGACGAGGAGACAAAAGAAGCAGGUCCAACCCGUGAAGGAGGAUGUGACGUGGGAGCUGGCCAGUCUGCGGAGGAUGCUGCAGGAGUGGAAGACUUCCUGGGGACUCAUUAUUGAAUGGCAUCACAAGACAGUGGAGAACCUACUACGGGACAUACAAAGCAUGUACGAUGACAUUAGGGUCCAGGCCAUCACCACAUGUGCUACCGCUGCUUUAGAAAGGCCCCGGAUUACCACCACACCGGAGAACUCAGAUACAAUCAUUGUGGAUUUGCCAGUGGUCCUCCUGCCUGUUCUAGAGGACGCUCUGUCUCACAGCAAUCCCAACGUGAGGAUGGCGGCGGCGGUAUGCCAGUAUUGCAUACAGUCACAUAAUCCUACUGCCCGAGACAUCAUGCAGACAGCCCUCAUAAAGGGUAACAGUGUGGACAGCUGGGCCGCAGCUCAAUGCCUGGCUCUGGAAGGCAUUGCCACCUACCCGGUGAUCAAGAGGAUCCUCCACCAGCUCUUCCACAAGAACAAUCAGGCCACUGAGGAGCAGGCUUGUGCACUCCUCAACCACCUUCAGGAAAAUAAGACCCUGAUCCACACAAUGCUUGCUGUGGAGCUGAACAGCAGGCAAUGGAAGGACCGCAUCGUGGCCUGCCGUGCUUUCUCUCAGAUCACUGGAAAAGUCUGCAUAGAUAUGAAACAAAAAAUAAUCCAGCUGAUGUGCAAUGACUGGAACAAGGAAGUAAGGCAAGCGGCUGCCAAAGCCCUGGGGCGAAUGAACCUUGGCAAAGAGAUUCAUGACAUGAUCAGAGUUAAGCUGUGUCAAGGAAAUUCCCAGGAGCGGAUUAAGGCCCUCUCGCUGAUCCGCAUGCUCAAACUCAUGACAGCCAAGCUUCUCCCAAGCUUCCUGACCUGCUUCUCUGAUGAGUUCACAGGAAUUCGACAGGCAGCUUGUUUGGCAGCAGGUGCCUUGCAGAUCCGUGACCAGAUGGUGCUUGAACGCCUCCUGAAUCUGAUGCAAACAGAUCCUUACUGGAAAAUUAAGGCCUUUGCCAUUCGAGCUUUGGGACAGAUUGGAGUAGUGAGUCCCCAGCUGACAAAUAAGCUGCUCUGGGCUAUCCACUAUGAAGACUCACCAGGCGUGCGGCUGGAAGCCUGCCGGAGCAUCCUAGCCCUCAAGCUUCAAGGGGCCCAGGUCAGGGACACUUUCCUGGACGUGCUGCUCCUGGAAAAGCACGAGGCUGUUCUUAAGGAAAUUCACCAGACAAGGAAAGCACUCAACUUAGAAAAAGAAGGAAGUCAAGAAAUGAUUCAGGAGAUCAAGAAAAAGAUCCAAACACUAAACCAAAAGGACUUACUGACAGAGAAAAUACUGAAGAUAGAACUGGCCGUAAAAAAACUCAAAGAAACAGCUAAAUGGGUUUACUCAGAACCCAAAGAGGGCCAAAAACCUCUGGAAUUCUACACUUUUCUUCAGAACUUCAAACCUAAGAGUAAAAAGGUUCUUCUCAGGCCUGAAGACUGCAACACUGAAAAAAUCCUAAAGGUAAACACAACCAUAUUGAUGCUUAGCAAGGUGAUAAACGCGAGAGUUUUCCACCGUGUGAUACAGGAACAGGCGGCCUCCCUCACCCACCAGCCGAGCUACGCAGUCCUGAAGCAUGUGGACUUGGGUUUCAGUCGUCAGCUGGGCCCCCACAUUGACGGGGGGCAGGGAAUCGUGAAUGAAGUCUUUUGCUCUCUGGUCAGCCACGGCAUCGACAGGAGCAAAGUGUCCCAGGCGAGCAACCAAGACCCGCACCUUUUCCAUGAAAGCUGUCCGUCUGGGAUCCUUAGAGUCGGAAUGCUGGGCCCCCAUGUAAUCCAUGAAGUCUCGGGGCAGGCCCCUGCGGAACUCCACGUUCUCCUCUAUGGCCGCCUGCACGGCCAGAGGCAAUACAGCCUCCAGGAAGUCACCCCACGUAUUGCGCUGGUAGGUGGACAAGGUGAGGUGCAGGGAGUGGACUCCAUCCUGACAUUCAGCUUGGUGAAUGAAGCCCCGAGGAAAAUAGAGCAGGUCUCCAGGUUCCAGUACCGUUUGCAGCACCGGCUCACCAAGGUCCUCCUGGCUGAAGUUGGGACUAGAGGUCAGGGCCAACUCCUCACUUGGGUCCCGCGGUCGGUAGACGCGCCAAAGUUUCCGACCUUCCAGCUGCAACACGAAAGCCUCGAUGUCGUCGUAGUGAGGAGCAAAGCCCUGCGAGUCGGGGGGCGUGAGGUAGGCGUUGGAGCCCGCCAUGCUGCCAAACUGCUCCUGGAGCACGGCCAAAAACUGCCAGACGGUGGGCGAGAAGGCCUGCGGGCACAGGAGGCGCAAGGAGCAGCCGGCUCGGUACAAGGACCACGCGGCGGCCGGAAGCGCCCGGCCCGGCGGGUUCAAGGUCUCCCGCCGCCCAUCGACGUAGCGCGCCGCGUCCAGAUGUUGCCCGAACUGCACGUCCUCGUAGCGCAGCAUCGAGUCCAGGUCGGCGGUGGAGAAGAGCCCCUCGUAGUAGCUGCGGUCCUGCCGCCGCACCAGCACCGCCUCCCGCUCCCACAGCCGCCGGUAGAAGUGAUCCGGAGCUCCGCCAGCACCUGCUGCAGCGGCGAAGCCCGGGGUCGCCCCGGCUCGUUGGCGUGCGAGCCCGGCGGCGGCGGCGGCGGCGGAGCGGCCGUCCCCAGGUUCCGCGAGAGCGCCGCCCGCCCCUCCACGCGGCGCGGCAGCGUCGCCGGAGCCGGCCUCGGGCGCGCUGGCACCGGCCGCGGCUCCGCCGACCGCAGGACCUCCGGCAGCUCUGCGGGCCUUUUCCGCUUGCCCCGGACCGAGGCCACCGCCACCUUCGAGUCCGACUCCUCUCCCUCGCUCCGGAGCGCGCGAGCCCUCAGCGCGGCCACGCGGGACGCCGCCGCACUUCUCCGGUGCCUUCGGAUCUUCCGGGGUCGCAAGGGCAGGGCCAAGACCGACGCGCCGCGGGGCUGCGGCUGCCGUCGGCGCCUUCCUCGCCCGCGCUUCAGCCGCGCCGCGCCGUUGCCAUUCGGUAGCUCGUCCAUGGCCAAGCCUACCGUCCUCCUGGGUCCUACAGCUAGCCCGAGUGUGAUGCCCAAGGUGCCAAAUCCCUGGCUCCAGAGUCCCGUCGUAGGAAUCCCUGUACAGAAAAACCGCUCACCGUAUAUCAGGGAUCUACGGACUGCCCGGGAAAAAAGGAUUGAGAGAGGACCCUUUGGAAAUAACCCGGUUUUACCAUCAAGCAAAUUCUUCAAAGAAGAUUGUCUUCCCACAUCAAGUCUUCUUUCCUUUCGGGGAACCCAGGUCCUGUCUAGGCUGGAUGGUUCUUCUACUCCUUGA